GUCGGCAACUUUUAUUUAUUUUCUUUUUUCCCAAGGGCCAAGAUGCAAAUAACAUCAACUCAGUUUCACACUUACAGGUGUCGUCAGUUUUUCCAAAUAAUAAAAUAAUAAAAUAGCUAUAUAAAAAAAGAGUUAUUAUUGAGGUGACACUUGACAGACAGGUAGUUGCUUAGUUGGAAAUCAUUUAGAGGAAAUGAGUGGUGACAGGUGGUUGCUUACUCGGGAAUCCAGACAAAAUGAUUGUGACUCAUGGACCCGAUCCGAUCCGAUCCAUCCAUAUAUCCGAAGCAUCCCCUUAUCAUGUUUCACUAGUUUCAACCCUCUCUCUAAACUCAAGUCUCAACCUUAUCCUUCCUCCCACUUAUCUGGUGCUCCUGUGAGGGUCGGUAGCCAUGGCGUUUGCAGGGACAACCCAGAAAUGCAUGGCAUGUGACAAGACUGUGUACCUGGUGGACAAGCUCACUGCUGAUAAUCGCAUCUUCCACAAAGCUUGCUUCAGAUGCCACCAUUGCAAUGGCACCCUCAAGCUCAGCAACUACAACUCCUUUGAGGGAGUUCUGUAUUGCAGGCCACACUUUGAUCAACUCUUCAAGAAGACUGGUAGCUUAGACAAAAGCUUUGAAGGCACACCAAAGAUUUUGAAGCCACAGAAAACCAUUGAUGGUGAGAAACCAAUGGCUAACAAAGUAUCUAGCAUGUUCGUGGGGACCAGAGAUAAAUGUUUGGGCUGCAAAAACACCGUCUAUCCAACUGAAAAGGUUUCAGUAAAUGGAACUUCAUACCACAAAAGCUGCUUCAAAUGUAGUCAUGGAGGAUGUGUGAUCAGCCCAUCAAACUAUAUCGCACAUGAAGGUCGCCUCUACUGCCGACACCACCACACCCAACUCAUCAGAGAGAAGGGUAACCUGAGCCAGCUCGAGGGUGACCGACCUGGACAAGUCGCACCUUGAUCUUUUCUUUAAUUUGCUCUUGCCCUGCCUCUUGGUGUGUACGCUAGCUUGUGAUGAUAUGAUGAUAAGAGAUGAAAGUCUGUUUUCCUAUUUCCUAAUGAUGAUAAGAGAUGGAUCAUUGAUGAUACGCUGUAAUUCCUUUUUUUUUUUUUUUGUUAUCUUACUAGUUGUAAGACCCACGGGUUUAUUAAAAAAAAUAAUAUUAAAUUUUGAACAUCAAACAAUUAUUAAGGUGAUACUUUUACAUAUAAUGAAACAAAUCAAUGAUUGCAUAUAAUAAUUAAAUCCA